AUGACAUUGCGCCCCGAUGGCCGCCUCACCUUCCAAGAGGCGAUGAGCCUGGCACCGCUCCCGAGUAGGGCCGAGAAUGGGCAGAUCACUAGACGAUACAUGAGUCGGCGAAGCGCCUGGGUGACAGGGGCCGACCUGAAGAUCCCGCAGCUGGCGGGCGCAAAUGCUUUCGGGGGCCACGUGUAUAGCCAGGCCGGAAUGGCGGCAGCGGCAGCGUUCGCUGAGAUGCAAGCGGCAAAUAAGGGGGUCCGUGGGGACAAGAAGUUCGGGCUUCAUACGAUGCAUGGCUUCUUCUCGGAACCCGGUCGCACGGACAGACCGUUCAUAUACGAGGUCGAAACAGUCGCAGCUAACGCCUCGUUCCCAAAUCUCCUCGUGACGGCACGGCAGCCACUGCAGCCCAGCACCAACCCAGCCAGGGACAACUACCCCCCAGCAGACGCAGACCUGCCCCUAGGUCCAGUCUGCUUCAACGCACUCAUAUCCUUCAGACCAUCAGGGAUCUCGCAAUACAGCGCAUCAGAGCCACCACCACAAACGCGGUUCGCGUCGAUCCUGAACUCACGGCCCGCGUCGUCGUGGGAGCCGACACCGCUCACCGACAUCGCAGGCAUAGUCGCCACGGUACCAACGCGCACAUUCGGGACAUUCCCGGGGCUCGACCUGCGGAAGGUAGACCUGGAAUUCUGGAAUGAGGGCAAGCCGCUGCACGAGCGGCGCGAGCUGAUCCUGUACCGGGCCAUCGCGCCGCUGCCCGCCGCCGACGCCAACGCGCACAUCCUCGCGCACGCCUACGAGGCGGACCGGAACGGGCUGCUUAUGGUGGGAAACCACGCCGGGUUCGGGUUCGACUUCGCGCGCGCGGCGAGUCUGAGCUACUCCUUCGUCGUGCAUGUCAACGCGGCGGACGCGACGAUGCAGCAGGGCGACGGCGAGGAUGACGAGUGGUGGAUCCAGGAGGCGAGCUUCCCCCGCGUCGAGGCCGGGAGGGGCAUAGUCAUGUCGAAGAUUUGGAGUCCGAGGGGCGUCCAUGUGGCGACGGAGUACCAGGAUGGUAUCAUCCAGCGGGCGUGGAAGCCGGGCGAGAGAGAGGGGAAGCUGUGA